UACUAUGAAAUGUCGUAUGGUUUGAAUAUUGAAAUGCACAAACAGACAGAAAUUGCUAAAAGACUGAAUACGAUUUUAGCCCAGAUCAUGCCUUUUCUGUCACAAGAGCACCAACAGCAAGUCGCACAGGCUGUUGAGCGUGCCAAGCAAGUGACAAUGACGGAGUUGAAUGCUAUCAUCGGGCAGCAGCAGCUCCAGGCCCAGCACCUCUCCCACGCCGCCCACGGGCCCCCGGUCCAGCUGCCGCAGCCCCCCUCAGAUGAGAAAAACCAUCACGACUUGGACCACAGAGAGCGAGACUCAAGUGCAAAUAAUUCCGUUUCGCCCUCGGAAAGCCUGAGAGCCAGCGAGAAGCACCGGAGCUCCACAGACUACAGCAUCGACUCCAAGAAGAGGAAAGCAGAGGAGAAGGACAGCAUGAGCCGAUAUGAUAGCGAUGGUGACAAGAGCGAUGACCUGGUGGUCGAUGUCUCCAACGAGGACCCCGCCACCCCCCGGGUCAGCCCAGCUCACUCCCCCCCGGAGAACGGCAUAGACAAAGCCCGUGGGCUGAAGAAGGGGGAUGCGCCAAACAGCCCUGCCUCGGUUGCCUCCUCCAGCAGCACUCCCUCCUCCAAGACUAAAGACCUGGGCCAUAAUGACAAAUCGUCGACGCCCGGGCUCAAGUCAAACACUCCGACGCCAAGGAAUGACGCUCCGACCCCAGGGACGAGCAGCACCCCAGGGCUGCGGCCGAUGCCCGGCAAGCCGACCGGCAUGGACCCCCUGGCCUCGGCCCUGCGGACACCCAUCUCCAUCGCGGGCUCCUACGCAGCUCCCUUCGCCAUGAUGGGGCACCAUGAGAUGAAUGGCUCGCUCACCAGCCCCGGCGCCUACGCAGGGCUCCACAACAUCCCCCCACAGAUGAGUGCCGCCGCCGCCGCCGCCGCUGCCUAUGGCCGGUCGCCAAUGGUUGGUUUUGACCCGCACCCACCCAUGAGAGCCCCCGGCUUGCCGUCGAGCCUGGCGUCCAUCCCCGGAGGGAAACCAGCCUAUUCCUUCCACGUGAGUGCUGAUGGGCAGAUGCAGCCGGUCCCCUUUCCCCACGAUGCCCUGGCGGGUCCCGGCAUCCCACGGCACGCCCGGCAGAUCAACACACUGAGCCACGGGGAGGUGGUGUGCGCCGUCACCAUCAGCAACCCCACCAGGCACGUCUACACGGGGGGAAAGGGGUGUGUGAAGAUCUGGGACAUCAGCCAGCCGGGCAGCAAGAGCCCCAUCUCCCAGCUGGACUGCCUGAACAGAGAUAACUACAUCCGCUCCUGCAAACUCCUCCCUGAUGGCCGCACGCUGAUCGUGGGAGGCGAGGCGAGCACGCUCACCAUCUGGGACCUGGCUUCCCCCACACCCCGCAUCAAGGCCGAGCUGACCUCCUCUGCUCCCGCCUGCUACGCCCUGGCCAUCAGCCCCGACGCCAAAGUCUGCUUCUCCUGCUGCAGCGACGGCAACAUUGCCGUCUGGGACCUGCACAACCAGACGCUUGUCAGGCAAUUCCAAGGCCACACAGAUGGUGCCAGCUGCAUAGAUAUCUCGCACGAUGGUACAAAGUUGUGGACGGGGGGUCUGGACAACACAGUGCGCUCCUGGGACCUGCGGGAAGGGAGGCAGCUCCAGCAGCAUGACUUUACUUCCCAGAUCUUCUCACUGGGGUACUGCCCGACGGGCGAGUGGCUCGCAGUGGGCAUGGAGAGCAGCAACGUGGAAGUGCUGCACCACACAAAACCCGACAAGUACCAGCUGCACCUCCACGAGAGCUGCGUCCUCUCCCUCAAGUUUGCCUACUGCGCUGCAGCAGCCUUGUCGGGAAACCAAACUGAUGGCUUUUGUUUUUCCCCCUCCUUUUUCCAGUCCAAGGAAUCCUCGUCCGUCUUAAGUUGUGACAUUUCAGCGGAUGACAAGUACAUUGUCACGGGCUCUGGUGACAAGAAGGCCACAGUCUACGAGGUCAUCUACUAACCAUGGAUUUUAUAGCAGGGCUGGCAACUCCCAGCACUGGCGGUGGCAGGACUUGGGCGGCCGGCGGGGAGCAGCCGGGAGCUCGGGGGGGCUGCCGCGGGGCGGCCCCCGGGGCUUGGCCAUGGACCGGCAUGCUCCGGCAGGGCUCUGCCUCAAGGGCCCGGCGUACCAUACACACGGAUUUAUUUGGAGGUCUGCAAAUAUGGCACACAUUGAAGCCCUAAACGAAUUUUUGUUUGGUUUUAGGGUUUUGGGUUUUAUUUUGAAAAAAACUUUUUUUUUUUUUGGUUUUCUGGUUCUUUCCGUCUGCGCUUUGGUGGCACUAUAAAGGACUUAUUUUUUAUUGUGACUUUUUUUUUUGUGCAUCCUGCAUAAGACUUGUGAAAAAUGUAAAUAACGGACUAGUAAAUAGCAUUGGAAGGGUGGGGGACCCCUCCCGGUACACUAGUUGUGUAUUUUUCGUCUGCUGUAAUUGUAUUCCACUGAUGGUUUUGGUGGUGGCAAUUUUAUUAUUUUUUUUUCCUUACCCCCCCACCGCGAAGCGUCCGUUGGGACGUGACUUUGCCGUGCAGCGUGUAACCAGGCUGAGCAAAGAUGUCCACUGGUGAAAGUUGUUCCUACUGUCGUACCCGUGCGUUGUUCGGUGUGUUAGUGAUGGUGGGACGCUGCUGGGACCGCGGGGGACUUGGUCGGAUCCUCAGCUACUGAUGGGACAUCAGCAACACAAUCACCUUUUUUUAUAUAUGGAUUUUUUUGUGCUCGUAUGUUUGAAGAAAAGGGGAAGCCCACGCUGCGGGAUUGUCUGCGCAAGCCUUUCUUGGUCUUCGGACAGAAGCAAUGAGGAGUGAUUUCAAAGAAAGCAUAGUAAAUUCAGCUCAGGGAGCCACGAAAGAUAAUAGCAACUUAUGUGUUUUGUAUUCAAAUGAAAGUAAAGAAUUAGAAUUGAUAACCUUUAAAAUACAGUUUUUUUAAAAGCAAAGUUUACUAACAAGUAGGGUUUGUGUGUGGUGGGGGGAAGGGGCUGGCUUUGGUAGGGUCCUGUGGGCUAUAUGGUCUUGUGUCUUCUGGUAUAUAGGUUCCGAUGAAGCAAACCCCCUCCCCGCACAGGCCUGCGUUUCAGCAUUUUGUACUAAAGGGUAAAACAAAAAAAAAAGACAUAAUGGGAAAUAAAAGUAUUUGUGUAGCAGAGAAGCGCUCACCCUGUAUUGUAGCAUAUGGAAGAGAAUUUUUAUACUACAUUUUUAUGGAUUAUUUUUUAAUUUUUGAUUUUAAUCUGGUCAAAAAAAUAAUGCUUAGGUUUCAGGUGAGAACUGCCUGGUUUACAUACGCGGAUAGUACAGACAGGGGAGAGGAGGAUGAAGCGGAGGUGAUCAGUACCCAGCUGUUCUGGGGCGCGUGGUUGUCAUUGCAUUCCUCCGAGCAGCCGCUCUGGGACGGGGAGAGAUGAGAUGGGGCUGGGAGGAGAUUUCAUGGGAAAUGUUUUUUCCUGUCAAAAUAAGAGGGUUUUGAGAUUUUUUGCCCUUUUCUGUUUAAAAGAAAAAUAAGGGGAAUGUCCCAGGCAAACGGUGUCCACCCUGUGCAGCUCGUUAGUGCUCACUGUGUACCGCCUCGGCUGGGGAGGAGAUGGGAUCGAUCUUGUGCACUAAUUACCCAACGAAGGCAAAAGCAAGCUCUUUAGAACUGCAUUUAGGGAAAGGGGUUCUAAGGGCAGUUUGGCUCAGAAAAAUGACUCUGAAAAUGCCCCUGGCGCCAAUGGACCUGUGCUGGCGCCUGCUGAGGGGUUCAGCAAUGCCCUGUGUGUGUUUUGGGGUUUGUGUUUGGUCCCUGUGGCUGGGCCGGGUUCUGUGUGGGGGCAGCUCUGCCUGUCCCCCUGCACCCCCAGACCUGGGCGCGGCGUCCAACCCCAGGGUGCUUGGAGCAUUCCCCCCCUCUUUGCAUUGAUGGGGGGAUGCGUUGGAAAGGGCUGGGGGGCUUUGAACUGCCCCCGUGGCAAACUCCCCCCGUGGUAAGGCCACUGCCAACUUGCGUCCUGCGUGGUCACUGGUUUGCAAGUUGGUGCUUCGUUUUCCUCCAAGACAAAAACAAAGGAACUGCAUGUACCGGAGCUGGCCGAGGGUUACUGAGUCAGACUUCUCAACUUUACACCAAAGUAUGUAGCAGAAUAUGUACAGCUGUUAAUAACUACAACUGUUUUUUGUAAAAAAAGGAGAAAAAAAAGAAAAAAAAGGAAAAAAGAAUAAAAAGUAAAUGUAAUGAAGCUCAAAUGAAAGCAAAGUGUCUAUAAACCAUUUGAUCUCUGAAAACCUGCACUGAGUUGUUAAUAA